AUGAUCUCACGCUACAAACCGAGUCCCUCGUCAACCAUGUCCUUGGCAUUCUGUGGGAAUGAGAAUAACUCGUCCGCUUACAACGUGGACAGAGGAGUGCUGAACAACGGAUGCUUUCUGGAUGCGCUAAACGUGGUGCCCCAUGUCUUUCUGCUCUUCACCUUCCCCAUCCUCUUCAUCGGCUGGGGCAGUCAGAGCUCCAAAGUCCACAUCCAUCACAGCACGUGGCUUCACUUUCCCGGUCACAACCUGCGCUGGCUGCUCACCUUCGUCCUCCUCUUCAUCCUCGUGUGUGAGAUCGCAGAGGGCAUAGUGUCCGAUGGGUUCAGUCAGUCCUUGCACCUGCACCUGUACAUGCCUGCAGCUCUGGCCUUCAUGGCUGGGAUCACAUCCAUCAUCUAUUAUCACAACAUCGAGACCUCCAACUUCCCCAAACUGCUCAUAGCGCUGCUCAUUUACUGGGUCCUGGCCUUUAUCAUGAAGACCAUCAAGUUUGCAAAAUACACAGAGCACGGCAUCGGCCCGAGACAGCUGAGGUACUGCAUCACUGGACUCCUGGUCCUGCUGUAUGGGCUCCUGCUGACCGUGGAGAUCAGUGUCAUCCGGGGAAGGCGGUACAUGUGUUUCGCCAACCCGAGAGAGGUGAAGCCCCCUGAGGACCUGCAGGACCUGGGGGUGAGGUUCCUUCAGCCCUUUGUGAACCUGCUGUCCAAAGCCACGUACUGGUGGAUGAACACGUUCAUCACAUCUGCGCACAGACGCCCCAUCGACCUCAAGGUCAUCGGAAAACUGCCCAUCGCCAUGAGAGCUCUCACCAACUACAUCAAGCUACGCAAGGCUUUUGAGGACCAGAAGGUCAGUAAGCCUCAGGGCACAGCUCCUCAGGGCCCAAAGUGGAUCUGGCAGGCUUUGAGGAGGGCGUUUGGGAGACCUCUGAUCCUCAGCAUCACAUUUCGGUUCCUGGCCGACCUGCUGGGCUUCGCGGGGCCUCUGUGCAUUUCGGGCAUCGUUCACCACAUCAGCAAAGACAACCGCACAAUACAGCAGCCGAAAAGGCUGUUGGGGAUUUAUUUCAUCUCGUCUAAAGAGUUCCUGGAGAAUGCUUAUGUGUUAGCUGUGCUGCUUUUCUUCGCCCUGCUUCUACAAAGAACAUUUCUGCAAGCUUCAUAUUAUGUGGCCAUUGAAACGGGGAUUAACCUGCGUGGGGCGAUACAGACUAAAAUCUACAACAAGAUCAUGCGUCUGUGCACAUCCAACAUGUCCAUGGGGGAGCUCACUGUGGCGCAGAUCUGCAACCUGGUCGCCAUAGAUACGAACCAGCUCAUGUGGUUCUUCUUCCUCUGUCCAAACCUGUGGGCCAUGCCAGUCCAGAUUAUAGUGGGAGUGAUCCUGCUCUACUACCUCCUGGGAAUCAGUGCCUUGAUUGGAGCGACCGUCAUCGCUGUGUUGGCUCCUGUCCAGUAUUUUGUGGCCACUAAAUUGUCUCACACUCAGAAGAGCACACUGGAAUAUUCGAGCGAACGCCUAAAGAAAACCAAUGAGCUUCUGAGAGGAAUCAAGUUACUGAAGCUGUACGCCUGGGAGAGGAUCUUCUGUGACAGCGUGGAGGAGACCAGAGAGAAAGAGCUGACCAGUCUGAAGGCCUUCGCUCUCUACUCUUCUGUAUCCAUUUUUAUGAAUGCCGCCAUUCCGAUUGCAGCUGUUCUAACUACUUUUGUGGUUCACGUUCACAUCUCGGAGGAUGCAGAUCUGUCCCCAGCUGUGGCCUUUGCCUCUCUGUCCCUCUUCCACAUCCUGGUCACCCCCCUCUUCCUGCUCUCCACCGUGGUCCGCUCCACUGUCAAGGCUCUGGUGAGUGUUCAGAAACUCAGUGAAUUUUUCUCCAGUGACGAGAUUGGAGAUGAACAGGAGCCCAGCGCCAUGGUGACGUCCACCUCCAGCAAUCACAACCAAAACAAGUAUCAGGCCGUGCCGCUGAAGGUGGUGAACAGGAAACGUCCCCCCAGAGACGACUGGAACAGCUUUGGUUCAGCAGGACAGUGUGACGGAGACGGACCGUCCCAAGACACAGACCAGGACACAUGCAUCAGGAUAACAAGCGGCUACUUUACCUGGACAGACGGACCACCAACUCUGUCAAACGUAGACAUCAAGAUUCCUUUUGGUAAACUGACCAUGAUCGUGGGCCAGGUGGGUUGUGGGAAAUCAUCUCUGUUAUUGGCGGCGCUCGGAGAGAUGCAGCGAGUCUCAGGACAGGUCGUGUGGAACAGAAAAAGGGGCCCGGUGGCGUACGCGUCGCAAAAACCUUGGCUGUUGAACACAACUGUGGUGGAAAAUAUCACGUUUGAGAUGCCAAUGAUCAAACCCAGAUACAAAGCUGUGAUUGACGCGUGCUCCCUGCAGCCGGACAUUGACAUCCUUCCGCAGGGAGACCAGACAGAGAUCGGUGAGCGGGGGGUGAUCCUGUCGGGGGGGCAGAAGCAGCGCAUCAGUGUGGCCCGAGCCUUGUACCAGACCACCGGUGUAGUGUUUCUGGAUGAUCCGUUCUCAGCGUUGGACAUCCACCUGAGUGACCAUCUGAUGCAGGAGGGCAUUUUAAAUAUGCUCCGAGAUGAGAAGAGAACCGUGGUCCUGGUCACUCACAAACUGCAGUACCUCCCCCACGCAGACUGGAUUAUUGCAAUGAAAGAUGGCACCAUCCAGACAGAGGGCACUUUGAAAGACAUCCAAAAAUCUGAUCCAGAGCUGUUCGAGCAGUGGAAGUCGCUGAUGCACAGGAAGGACCAGGAGUUUGAGAAGGAGACUGUUGCGGAGAGCGUGACCGAUCUGGAGAGGAAAAACCUGCGCAGGGCCAUGUAUUCAAGAGAGGCGGUGAGGACGGAGGAAGAGGAGGAAGAGGAGUCAGUGGAGAGUGAGGACGAUGAUAACCUCUCUCAGGUGAUGCGUCAGCGCGCCACCAUCCCCUGGCGCUCCUGUGGCAUGUACCUGUCCUCGGCGGGGGUCCUCCUGCUCAGCCUCCUGCUCCUGUCCCAGCUCCUCAAACACUCGCUCAUGGUCGCGAUCGACUACUGGCUCGCUCACUGGACGUCGCACGUGAUUUCGGCGAAGAUCGAAGCCACGGCGCGUAACUGCUCCAUCGUUCAGGACUGCGGCUUCAGUCACUCGUGGUACCUGUCCGUCUUCAGCGUCCUGUGCUGUCUGGGCAUUAUCUUGUGUUUGGCUACCUCGGUGGCGGUGGAGUGGACCGGUCACAAAGUGGCCAAAGAGCUCCACCACAACCUGCUAAACAAGAUCAUCCUGGCGCCCAUGAGGCUGUUUGAGACGACUCCGCUCGGCAGCAUCCUGAACAGAUUCUCCACAGAUACCAACACCAUCGACCAGCACAUCCCCACCACCCUGGAGUGCCUGAGCCGCUCCACCCUGCUCUGCGCCUCCGCCCUGGGGGUCAUCUCCUACGUCAUCCCCGUCUUCCUCAUCGCGCUGCUGCCUCUCGCCAUCACCUGCUACUUUAUACAGAAGUACUUCAGGGUGGCCUCCAGGGAUCUGCAGCAGCUUGAAGACAGCACCCAGCUGCCUCUGCUCUCCCAUUUCUCCGAGACCGUGGAAGGCCUCACCACGAUAAGAGCCCUCAGGUACGAGCCACGGUUCAGACAGAGGCUACUGCAGUUCACAGACGCCAACAACAUCGCAUCUCUGUUCCUCACAGCCGCUAAUCGUUGGCUGGAGGUCCGCAUGGAGUACGUUGGAGCUUGUGUUGUUCUGGUGGCAGCUGUUGCAUCCAUCACUAACGCUCUGUACAACCACCUCUCCACGGGGCUGGUGGGACUCGGACUCACAUACGCCCUCAUGGUGUCGAACUACUUAAACUGGAUGGUGCGUAACUUGGCGGAUAUGGAAGUGCAGCUUGGCUCGGUCAAAAGAAUCAACGGACUUCUCAAAACGGAGCCAGAGAAUUACGAAGGCCUGCUCACUGUAGCUCAGGUCCCUGAUGGCUGGCCUCAUGAGGGAGAGAUUAAAAUCCAGAAUCUGAGCGUCCGCUACGAUGCCACGCUGAAGCCCGUUCUCAAGAAUGUCAACGCUCACAUCAGCCCCGGACAGAAAGUGGGAAUCUGUGGACGGACGGGAAGUGGGAAAUCAUCAUUCUCGUUGGCGUUUUUCCGCAUGGUCGACAUGUUUGAAGGGAGGAUCGUGAUAGACGACAUCGACAUCGCCAAACUGCCUCUCCAAACCCUAAGGUCACGUCUGUCCAUCAUCCUCCAAGACCCCAUCCUCUUCAGUGGCACAAUACGUUUUAACUUGGACCCGGAAAUGAAGGCCACGGACGAGAUGCUGUGGGAAGCUCUGGAGAUCGCUCAGCUGAAGCCUGUAGUCAAGACUCUCCCCGGAGGACUCGAUGCUACGAUCACAGAGGGAGGGGAGAACUUCAGCCAGGGCCAGAGGCAGCUCUUCUGUUUGGCCCGAGCCUUCGUCCGAAAGAGCAGCAUCCUCAUCAUGGACGAAGCCACGGCGUCCAUCGACAUGGCAACGGAGAGCAUCUUGCAGAAGGUAGUGAUGACUGCGUUUGCUGACCGGACAGUAGUUACUAUAGCACAUCGCGUUCACACCAUUCUAAACGCCGACCUGGUGAUUGUGAUGAAGAGGGGGAUCAUUCUGGAGUACGACAAACCCCAGGCCCUGUUGGAGCGGGAGGACAGCGUCUUUGCCUCCUUCGUGCGCGCUGACAAGUAG